AUGAGUGCGGUGGGUGAAAUAGUUCCCAAGCCACUUGACAUCGCAGUCGGAAGAGCCGCAUGCAGACGUUUCUUUGAUGAGGAGAUGGCGUGGGAUAGCAUAAAAGGCGGAAGAGUAGUCAAGAAAUGCACAUGCAAUCCUUGUCUAAAUCUCUUUUCGAGCAGAAUGGACCAGAAGAACAACAACGUAUAUGGUACUAUGUCUGGCCUUAUAUGCAAAUUGCAGGACGUCGGAAAAACUGGAGAGCUGGAACUGGAAACUCGUUCCCCAAAUUUUAGUGGUAAGGAAGAGCAGGAAGUUGGGCCAAUGACCUGCGAUCAAAACUAG